AUGUGGUGUUCCUUUAAGUUGCUUGAGGGUGAGAGAAUUUGUUCAAGACCGAGAAAGUUUAAAGCACUUGUUUCAGGAAGUGGAUCUUGUAGUUAUGUCUUCAAGAACAGAAGGCUUUGGGUUGACAGGACUAGAGGCUCUUUCAGCUGGUCUUCCUGUGGUUGUCAAUCACAACUCGGGUUUUGGAAAGGCACUGUGCAGUAUACCCUUUGGUCCGUCAUUUGUGGUUACCGUAACUCAGAGGAUCCCGCCGAUUGGACCGCAGCCAUUCAGAAACUCUGGAGCAAAGAAAGGAAAUGUCGACUUAGAACCUGAUACUCAGGCUAAUGUCGACUUGAGGAAGUGAAAAUCUUGCGUGAUUCCUAUGGCAGGAAAUACAACUGGGCGGAACAAAUGAAAGAGCUCGUUAACAAGAUGAUUGGUUGGGCUCACGGUAUGAACGUAAAUUACAGUUUCUUCAGCACAUUAUAGGGAAAUAUUGAAACGUAAUCAAAAACAUUUUGCCUUAACGUCAGAGCAAAAAACUCACUCAAACGAUUUCCAUUUGCCUUUCAAUUGCAGAAACAAUUUAAUGUGUGUAAUUUCUUUAUUUCUCAUGCAUUGUACUCACUUUCCGUCUCCUUAAUUAUAUUAAAUACCGACUUUUUAUUUUGGAAAUCAGCGCAACCUACAGAUUAGUUCCUUAUCUACAGUAGUUAUCUUAUAGCAGGUAGCUGUCUAACCUGUAGGUUGCACACUAAUAAUAUUAUAAAAAUGCUGUUCUUUUCAAUAUUAUUUUGAAUUUUUUUCCCGGGUCUAGUUAACUUACUACACCUUGUUUUGUUUGAAACAAGAUGGGCUUCCGCUGGUUUUACACCUGUGUAGCGUACAUCAGUGUAUACGGAUGCUGCUAAAACAGAGCAAAAGGGAACAUAGGGUAAAAAUGGAUAGACUCAGUCAUUAAUAAUGUGUUUUUGAGACUGAAAGCUCAUUGUUACAUCACCCCGCUCAGCAACGAACUUCUUGAUUUAAAUCUAAUUACUAACUGAGUAAUUUCACUAAUUAUCAACUUAGUUUCCUCUAAUUGCUCUGAUUCAGUGCAAUUGAAACGUUUGGACUAAGGGUGCAGCGGCCACUUAGUAAUUUUCACGGAGUUAUAAUAACUCCUCUAGUGGCGUUAAUUUAACUCCUUACAAUGGAGUUAUUUUUGGGGGAGUUAUUUUAACUCCAAAAAGAAGUUUAAAGAACUCUUUUUCAGGAGUAAAAAUGACCCUAGAUAUCGAGGAGUUAAAAUAACCCCAAAAAAGGAGUUAUCCUGUACCUAAAGUUUUUAUUCCACUUUCAGACUUAAAGCAACUCCAAAAGGAGUAAAAACGACCCAUGGCAUGUAAGGAGUAAAAAUAACCCCAUUUUCGGAGUUAUUUUAACUCCAGAAUGGGAGUAAAAAGAACUCUUUUUCAGGAGUAAAAAUGACCCCAAAUUUGGAGUUAAAUUAGGAGUUAAAGUAUCCCCAAAAAGGGGUUAUCCUGUACCUAAAAUGUUUACUCCAUUUUUGGAGUUAUAAUAACUCCCUAAAAAUUACUGCACAGUUUAUCUGAUAGCAAAUGAUAGACCACGCAGCAAGCGUUCAUGUGCAAAAAUGUCUAGACGUACAGGAAUACUUGCUUCGUGCCUUUUUAUUGCAAGGUGAAAAGAUUCCCUUUUCCACAUUUUAAUGUGAUAAAAGACCGCCUUUAGACCAUCUGGAAAAAGAGAUAACUAUCAACCUCUUUUUCUUCAAAAUUCAACUUAAAAUGUUUCGGUUUGGUUUUUUCAUUUUCCCGUUCUCCUUUCUCCAUUUCCUGUUCUCAUUUUAAAAUAUCCUAUGAAUUUCGUUGUAGCAUUCAUAUUUCAAAAUUAUCUUUCCAGAUCAAAGUGACUUAUUCAUUCCUAAGAAGUCUGUUCCAGCUGAUAUCGAAGAUGAGAUUCCAAAGUUGAAUAUAAAGUUCAAGAUGUUGGGCUGCUUCACGCUGUCGCAAAAAGUGGAAAUAUUGAAAUCAUUGCGUCGUUGCUGUCCCAAGGAUUUGAAGUUGAUUCAAAAGACAGGGAAGGUGUAACUCCACUGAGGCAUGCAGCCGAGAGCAGCAAAGAAGUUACCUUUCAGAUGUUGAUACAAAAAGGCGCUAAUGCAUCUUUGAAAGACAACAAAGGGUCAAGUCUGCUCCACAGGGCUGCAAUAGGUGGAAAUACAUCCAUUAUCAACAAACUGUUAUUACUUGGUCUUGAAAUAGAUACAAGGAGUGAUGACGGUUUCACUCCACUGAUGGCUGCAGCUCUUGUUGGUAAACAAAGUGCUUUUAAGAUGCUGUUACGACAUGAGGCUAAUGUAUCUUUGAAAGACAACAAGGGGGUCUGUCUGCUCCAUUGGGCUGUACAAGGUGGGGAUACAUGCAUUAUCAACACGAUGCUAUCACUUGGUCUUGAAACUGAUUCAAGGAACAAUGAUGGCGUCACUCCACUGUUGAGAGCAGCCCUUAGAGGUAAACAAAGCGCAUUUCAAUUGUUGAUACAAAACGGUGCUGAUCUAACUUUGGAAGACAACAAUGGUUGCAGUCUGCUCCACAAGGCUACCCAAGGUGGAACUGAUACAUCCAUCGUCAACGAGCUGUCAUCGCUUGGUCUUGAGAGAGAUUCAAGGAACAAUCACGGUGUCACUCCACUGAUGGCUGCAGCUUGUUGUGGCAAACAAAGUAGUUUUGAGUUGCUGUUACAACAUGGGGCUGAUGCAUCUUUAAAAGACAACCUGGGCAACUGUCUGCUCCACUGGGCUGCACAAGGUAGAGAUACAUCCAUUAUCAACAAAAUGUUACGGCUUGGUCUUGACGUUUCAAGGAACAAUGCUGGUACCCUUCAAAAGUAA